AUGGGAAAGAAAGAUAAGACAACGAAGACGAAUAGCAAAAAUGCCCCCACAUCCAAACAGAUCCCUAAUAGAGACAACUUUGCAAGACUAAACUACUUGUACCAACUAAGUAAUCAUUUCACAGUCGGCUCCUCCUGCUCCUCUUCCUGUUCCUCAUCCAAUCAAAGUCUAGCCCGAGGUUAUGAUCGCAACUUGGAUCUACUAUCAAAGCGUACCCUAAGUAAACUUUCACCCUCAGUCAAGAGAUCCAUAUGUAAGAAAUGCCAUGUGUUGCUAAUACCAGGAAUGACAAUGUCAAUACGAUUAGAGAAUUUAUCCAAGCUGCAAGAUCCUAAAAAUGAUGUGUUUGUCAACAAGUGUUUAAACUGUGGUGAAUGCAAACGUUUCCCUAUUGGUGCUGAUAGAGAAUAUAUCCCAUUUUAUGAACGAGGGUAUAUUGAUGAGCCCAAGAGCGGAGAGAGUUUUGAUGAACGAAACAACAUCUAA